GGGACGUUCACCAACACUGCAUCACAACAACGCACAUGUGCAUGGCAUUUAGAGCAGCAUAGAAAAUAAAAUAAAUUAAUAAUGGUGCGAAAACUUAAAUAUCACGAGCAGAAAUUGCUCAAAAAAGUAGAUUUUAUCACAUGGAAAGUGGACAACAGCGCCAAUGAAAACAAAAUCCUACGACGCUAUCACAUACAAAAGCGCGAGGACUACACAAAAUACAAUAAAUUGGCGCGUGAGAUCAGAGAGCUUGUGGAGAAAAUAGCCAAACUGGAUGCCACUGAUCCCUUCAAAGCAGAGGCGUCUACAAUGCUAAUGAACAAACUGUAUGCGCUGGGUGUUUCCAAUGAUCAUCUCAGCUUAGAGACCGCCAGCAAAAUGUGUGCGAGUAACUUUUGUCGCCGACGUUUGCCCGUGGUCAUGGUUAAACUGCGAAUGGCGGAGAACCUUAAGAAUGCAACCGACCUCAUUGAACAGGGCCAUGUGCGCGUGGGCCCAGAAAUGGUUAAGGAUCCCGCUUUCUUAGUCUCUCGCAAUCUGCAAGAUUUCGUCACAUGGGUUGAUGGUUCCAAAAUUAAGGAACAUGUUUUACGUUAUAAUGAUAUGCGCGAUGAUUUCCAAAUGUAGAAACUUUAUCAUAUUUAAGCUCGUUAAUAUAUGAAAUUUAAAUAUUA